CGACGCUGGAUACUAUUGCUCAUCUUCUACAUAGCGUAUUUGAUGUUCGGUGCCAGCAUCUACUAUCACAUAGAGCAUGGCAUCGAGAAGCAACAACGUGCGACGGAUCUGCGUGAACGUAUUGAAAUGAAUGAGGUAACCUUGGAACCGUCAACAAACACAAGAAAGGUUCGACGUCGAAAAGCUGCAAUCACAACCGACAGCCGAGCAAUUUUCUACUCGACUUGCACUCCUGCUCUCUGAGAGCACUCAUCAGUAUCUCAAUAUAAGGGAGCUGUGGAACGGCAUCUCAAACUCAUUGCAUACUGCUGCAGCCGAAACAAUUGGUCUCCGUCAACGCCAAAAAACCAGUUGGUACGAUGAGAGUUGUCGUUCCGCAGUGGAGAGAAAACAGACUGCCUACCUCACAACGUUGAGAAACACGUUCGGGGUGGGACAUAUAUCGAGAACUGAAGAGAACUAAAAAGAAAGAGGCCGAAAUGCGUGAGUAUGAAAAGCUUGAAAAGCUGGUCGACAUGGGUAAUGCUCGAAAAUUUUAUGAAAAGAUCAGGCGAUUUACAGAAGGUUUCAAGACCGGAGUAUUAUCAUGCAGAAACCGAGGAGGUAAUCUGGUAACGGAUGUCCAGAACACACUGGGAUUAUGGAGGGAACACUUCUCCGACCUGCUCAAUGGCAGUGAAAGUACAACACCAGGAGAUGGCGAACCCGAUUCCCCAAUCGAUGACGAUGGAAUAGAUAUUUCAUUGCCCGAACAUGAAGAAAUUCGAAUAGCAAUUACCCGCUUGAAGAACAACAAAGCGGUGGGGGCCGAUGGACUACCGGCUGAGCUAUUCAAAUACGGCGGGGAAGAACUGAUAAUGUGCAUGCAUUAGCUUCUUUGUAGAAUAUGGUCGGAAAAAAGCAUGCCCGACGAUUGAAAUCUCAGUGUGCUCUGCCCAAUCUAUAAAAAGGGAGACCCCACAAUAUGCGCCAAUUACUGUGGUAUAAGUCUCCUCAAUAUCGCAUAUAAGCGUAUGGGUCAGGUGGUGAAUGAGGACAAGACGAAAUAUCUCCUGUCAUCAAACAAACAGUCAGCGCUCUCUCGUCUUGGCUCCCGCGUCACUGUUGAUUAUCAUACCUUUGAAGUAGUAGAUAGUUUCGUCAAAUUGGGAACCAGCGUUAACAACACCAACAAUAUCAGCCUUGAAAUCCAACGCAGAAUCACUCUUGCCAACAGGUGUUACUUUGGACUGAGUAGGCAAUUGCAAAGUAAAGUCCUCUCUCGACGAACAAAAAUCAAACUCUACAAGUCGCUCAAUAUUCCCGUCCUGAUGUAUGGCGCCGAAGCGUGGACGAUGACAACAUCCGAUGAGACGACUCUUGGGGUUUUCGAGAAAAAGGUUUGCGUAAGAUCUAUGGUCCUCUUAACAUUGGCAACAGCGAAUACCGCAAACGUUGGAACGAUGAGCCGUACGAUUUAUACGACGACAUUGACAUAGUUCAGCGAAUAAAAAACAGCGGCUACGCUGGCUAGGUCAUGUUGUACGAAUGGAUGAAAACCCUCCAGCUCUGAAAGUGUUCGAUGCAGUACCCGCUGGAGGAAGCCGCGGAAGAGGACGACCUCCACUCCGGUGGAAAGACCAAGUGCAAAGUGACCUGGCUUCACUUGGUGUUUCCAGUUGGCGCAAAAAAGGAAAAAGGAGGAACGAGUGGCGCGCUCUGGUGGAUUCGGCUAUAAUCGCUUAAAGCGGUUUCUACGCCAAAUACAACUUUCGCUUUCGCAUUUCAUUGUCCGCAAGAGUUCGUUUUGGUUCCACAGCGAUUGGUUAACAAAAACAUUCUGAGAAAGGAAGAUUUCAUAGGAUUUUCUGAUGUCAUCAAUCUCGGGAUCUUCGGAUAUCUAAUAACAUAUUCCAUUGUCUUAAAGUUCCCAUUCGGGCAGCUGAGGCCUCUCUUAUGUACUUCCAAAAAUACCUCGUUAGCGAAUUGUCCGGCAAGAAUGAGACCACUGUCACCGAGAUACUUGAAAAUAUUUCCGACUAUUGCGGCAAAAAGGUGACCAACUAUACAUCGGAUGAAUUUGAGCCACCAUAUACCUGGACAUUUUAUCAUUCGUUCUUCUUCGCCUUCACUGUAUGCUCAACCGUCGGUUAUGGCAAUAUAUAUCCCACCACGCUGGCGGGACGGCUGAUUAUGAUAUUUUACUCGAUCAUCGGCAUACCGGUUAAUGGUAUACUUUUUGCCGGUCUGGGUGACUACUUUGGCAAAACGUUCGAGUUAAUUUAUCGGCGCUAUAAAAAGUUCAAGCUGACACGCGACAAACAUUAUGUGCCACCACAAUUGGGGCUACUCACCGCCAUACUGAUCGCCUUAAUACCGGGUAUCGGUAUUUUUAUACUGUUACCGGCGCUUGUGUUUACCUAUUUCGAGAAGUGGUCUUACUCCAUUUCGAUUUAUUUCGCUUAUGUGACCACAACCACUAUUGGUUUUGGUGAUUUUGUGCCCACUUUUGGCCCAGAUCAGCCACGCGAAUUCGGCGCUUGGUUUGUAGUUUAUGAGGUAUUCGUCAUAUUCUGGUUCAUAUUCGCUUUAGGCUACUUGGUGAUGAUUAUGGGCUUCAUAACACGUGGUUUACAAAGUAAGAAACUAAGACGUUUAGAACAACAACUAUCUACAAAUAUAAAAACAACACAAAAUCGCAUAUGGACUGGUGUUACGAAAGAUGUUGGACAUUUACGAAGGAUUUUGAAUGAGCUGUAUAUACUGAGAGUGAAGCCUGUCUACACCGAACCAGAUCCAACACUACAGCUGUACCGUUCGAAUUCCGCACCCGAGCUCACCAUGUAUCGCGAGGAUGCGCCACCGGAAUUCCCACGCAAGCGCGCCUUCUCCGAAACUUAUGACGUCAUUGAAGCGCGCGGCGUACUCGCACCCGCGCACGCUUCAUCCGAUACGGCACUCGACAAACUGGAUAAACAGAAAUCCUUCCAGGACGCAGAUGCUUUUCUGCAGACUACCGAACUGCUGGCGAAAGUGGUUGGUGCGUUGGGUGCGGUACGUGUGCCACCGCCAGAGGAGGAUGAUGUCAGCAUGUAUGGCGGUUAUCAUGGUCUAUCUGAUUCACAAAUAUUGGCCAGUGAGUGGUCGUAUCCGAGCAUUAAUGAGCUGCCUAAACCGCGUGGACGCGCCAAUUCCGAUUACAACUUUGAGCCGCCAUGGCGUCAACGUCGUCCAACUGCGUUGCCGACGGAAUGGACCUGGAGCGGUGAUAAUGAGCGAAUACAAGAGGCAAUCAAUAGUCGUUACAAGGAGGGUGAUAGUCGUGAUCUAUAUCGUUCCAGUUUUGGUUUACCGCCACGCGAAUAUGUUGUGAAUAUGGAGGAGGAUGAGCCACCCAAACCGCGUGUGAAGAAGUUCUCAAUGCCUGAUGGUUUGCGUAAAUUGUUCCCACAAAAGAAGCGGCCUUCGCAAGAGCGCAUAACUGCCGCUGAGGCAGGCACGGAUAUUUCCAUGCCAAAUGGCACACGUCGCUUCUCGAUUAUGAGCGUGCCAGAGUCGGCGCGCCGCACACCACCGCUCGACUAUUACAGCACAGUGGCAGCUGAUGCGAAUGCGCCUUAUUAUGGCAAUGGCAAGCCGUCAGUUUUACCAGGAGCGCCGCCCAGCAGUUAUCCUUCGGAUGGCAGUUUGACGUCGAAACAGCCAACGGGUGCGCUCAAUGGUUUGACAGCUGGUGCACGUCGUGGCAGUAAUGCCGCGCCAGUUGGUGGGCCACGCAAACGACGUGAAUCCAUAUUCACACAGAAACCAACUGCAGGCGCCAGACGCGGCAGUCUGUUUCCUACAUCCAACGCGGCGGGGCUUACACAACGACGUGGCAGUCUUUUUACGACCGCUGUGCAGCCAAAUACCGGCGCGCCAUCGCGUCGCGGCAGUCUUUUCCCCACUAGUGGUGGUCGUGGUGCGGCUGAUCGUCGUCCUAGUCUCUUCUCGGUUGCCUCAGAGGAGGAACGUGAGGUGUUGGAGAAUACAACAAUUGCUGACUUGAUACGCGCCUUAGAGGUGAUGCAUACGCAAACCGUAAUGGAGGAAACCGCCGACAGCCCACCGGUAAUAACACACAGUGAUAUGGGUGGCAUUUUCGGUGGCAAUAAUAAGCAACGUAAAAUGGGUAAUGCCGGCAUGGAUUUACCAGAUGUGCCACCAUUAUUCUCACUCUUCAGCAAUGAUAAGCAGCGCGCUAUGAACACCGCGGCAGCAAAUCGUUUAUAUGCACGUCGCUCCACAGUAGUUGGCGCGCUGCCCACUUCGUUUAAUGCGCCCACCGGCUCAACAACAGCGUUAGCGGCGCCAACCAUGUUGGCUUCAGGUCCAACUAGCAUGCUGACACGUCGACGCAAGUCAUCAGCGGUGCAACAAAUACCCGAACCGCCACCAAGCUACAGUGAGCGCGAUACGAAUGCGUCCGCAACAAAUAACAACACUGCCGCGCCGAGUAAUAAAUUCAAACGACGUUUCAGCGUGCGCCCUACAGCGCUACAAAUACCGCCCGGUAAGGCUCCACCACCAGGUGUGAAUAGCGCGCUACCGCCGCAAAAUGCGCCAACCCCAGCGGCGCCAACGUUACCGGCCGCAGCUACGCAAACCGUCUUCCAGCGGCGCCUAUCGUUGCGUCCAUCGCCCUUAGCACGCGAGCUCAACAUAUCCACAUCGACCUCAUCGACGAGUUCCGGUGAUCCCAGUCCGACCAGCCCGACGGGCAGCGGUGGCACAGUAACGAGCACCACACGCCUGCUACCGGCCAGCACUGCUGCUACGCCAACCGUUGGCGCGGCCACGCGUCCGCCUACAACGGGCAGCACACAUUCGCCACUUUCGCGUAUUGUGCAGAUCGCGCAGGCGCAAAGAAAGAGCAGCAUGCAGGAGGGAUUCCCGCUGGAGCGCACACAAAAACCGGAUGAUGUGUAGGACAAUAGUGAGAGUUGUAGUUUAUUUAAUUAAUUCCAAAGUGCCUAAAUGUAGUUUAAUAAUAGUUAUGUUAAUAACCACUGCUAGGUUGUGUGCUGACAGCUGUACUGUCAAAAGUAUAAGCUUGAUAACGGUAUGCCAUAAGUUUGCCACAGUUUUUUUUAUUUAAAUAA